UAGAUGUGUGUGGGAGGGGCUUAUUACUGCGCAUGCAGAGGUCAUCUUUCUCGAAUUAAACCAUUGUUGAUAAAUCGCUUGCUUCUGAGUAUAAACUUAGGCAAUGUAAAACAUAACCAGUAACGAAGUACAAAAGCUGGCGGGUACGACGCAAUUCACAGUGUUAGAAGUUAAGGUGCGAGAUGGUAGUUAAACCAUUACUAACUACCUAAAUGUUGAAGGCCCUGGACUGAGUCCCAUUUCACAGACUUUUUACGACUGCCUUUCUACGGCACUCCUAGCGAAUCAACGGGGCGCUUACUUGAAAUCCGAGUGAACAGUUUGGACGAUGAAAUGAGUGAAAUACGUCAUUCUUUGCUGCGUCGAGAUGCCCUUAGUGCUGCCAAGGAGGUACUGUAUCAUUUGGACAUCUAUUUUAGCAGCCAGCUUCAGAAUGCCACCCUACCAACAAUUGACAAGAGCACUGUUGAACUGGUGGAAGAGUUUAUAUUUCAGAUUCCUAAGGAGCGCACCUCUCAACCUAAAAGGUUGAAUUCGUUGCAGGAGCUCCAUCUGUUAGAGAUAAUGUGCAACUAUUUCCAAGAGCAGAGCAAGGAUUCUGUGCGCCAGAUCAUUUUUUCAGCACUUUUUAGUCCACAUGGGAGCAAGGCUGAGGACAGCAGACUUGCUAUGCUUGGAAAGCUGGUAUCCAUGGCAAUUGCUGUCUGCAGGGUGCCGAUUCUGGAAUGUACAGCAUCUUGGUUACAGCGGACUCCAGCUGUGUAUUGUGUCCGGUUAGCCCGAGUUCUUGUUGAUGAUUACUGUAGACUGGUUCCAGGUUCUGUGCAGACUCUAAAGCAGGUGUUUCAUAGUAGCCCUCGGUUCUGUUGUCAGUUCAUUACUGCAGUUACAGCACUGUAUGAUCUGUCCUCAGAUGACUUAAUUCCACCUCCUGAUCUGCUGGAAAUGGUAGCAUCAUGGAUUUUUGAUGAUCCCAGAUUGACUCUCAUCACCUUUUUAAAUACACCAAUUGCAGCUAACCAGCAUGUGCAGUAUUUAGAACUUACUCCACUAACAGGACUGAUUCGCUGGUGUGUGAGAGCCCCACUGGCAUAUAGGAGGUACAGAAAGACAUCCUUGAUGAAUGGUCACAGCAAUAAGAUCCCAAAAGACCGGGAGGCAGAGAAUGAAAAAGACUCCACUGUUCUGUAUUCCAAGCUGCACUUGAGUAUUUUGCAAGUGUUGAUGAUGCUGCAAGGUCACUUGACAGAGAAAAACUUGUAUGGACGCCUUGGGCUUAUCAUUUUUGAGAAUGUGGUUUCACUGGUUGAGGAUCUUAAUAGGCUGGUUGAUGAACUCAAUCCUUUAAAUGCAGCAAAGGAAACUGAAUUGUCAUUAGACAGACUUGCACAAGCCUUGCAAGUAGCGAUGGCAUCAGGGGCGUUGCUGUGUUCUAGAGAAGAUUUGAGGCCUUUGUGCUCAAGACUGCCUCACAACAAUCUUUUGCAGCUAAUAAUUUCUGGACCAGUGCAACAGCCGCCACCUCACAGUACUUUACCUCCUGGCUUCUAUCCGCACAUCCAUAACCCUCCUCUGGCAUAUCCUGCACAUGCUGCCCAUCCUGCACUGCCAGCUCAUGCUGCACAUGCUGCUCAUUCCGUACAGAACUUUAUGCCAUCUGUGACCUUUCCAUAUAGGCCACUCCGCUAGGUUACUGUAUUUCCAUUAAAAACUGGAGAGACCAUCUGCUGACUGGAUUUGAGAAUUGCCUUGUACAUCUGUGCUGUGGUUGAAUAGAAGAUGAAAGCCUUUUUCUGACUUUUGAUUAAGCAUUCAUUAAGGAGAGGAGGGGAUGGCACUGUGGAUCUUUUGUAAUGUUUACGGUGGUAGCAUAUCUCAAGAGAGCAGUGGAAUUUGAAACUGUCGUGUAGCAGUUUUUGUCCAUCGUAUCUGAUGGUAAUGUGAAGACCUGUUGCUAUUAAACUGAUUUUUAAUAGUGUGUACAACAAACAGCAUUUUGUUUGACAGUGUGAGUGAUCAACAACACCCAAUUAAAAAGACCGAGUUGGGAAGCAGAA